GUCAGAAACAAAAGCCAAGUGCCAGCUUAAGUGACUACAGACGCACAUAUCGGCGAAGUCCACCACCUGAGCCGUCAAGUCCUCCACUUUGCUGCAGUUAUCUUUCCACCCAAAGUUCCGCACAUUAGUAUAACAACCCAAUCCGUUGUUCCCCUGCCUGUCCCACCUGGAGUCAGGUGAGGCACAUUGCCCGCGAUGCUUGGCGGGAGGUAGCAGGGCGUCUGCGUCUUGCUGAAUAGCGCGUUAACGCGGGCGAACGUCGUCUUGGCCACGCGGUUGAGCAUGUCGCCGCUGGUCGGAGAUCGCUUCGGCGAGUCGUUCAGCUUGCUCAUUCUGCCUUGUGUACUUUCUAAGUACGACUAAACCGAUUGAAGCAAGAGACGACCAGCCGCUGAAGCUGAUGGUGCGUGGAGCUCCUCGUCGUCAUGGCUGUGAAGCUCCACUGCAUCCGUCGCAGAUUGCAGUGGUGAGCAUUGCGCUGCUGUCGGCGAUGGUUUUCUUUCUCUUCAGUGUUCAAGAGCUGCCUGCACUCAUGCAACGCACCGUAAUCCCGCUAUACAGCGUACAGUUCGCCAUCACCGCUCUACUGUUUGUCAUUAUUUCACGCUUCGACCCGGGACAACCGAGACACCAAGAAAUGCAUUCAUCGCAGUCGAGCGGUAAAAUUGACACUGCCCAAGUCACGAUGGCAAUCACAGUUGCCAAUACUACUGCAUCCGAUGUCAAAGCUUCUGAGCUCUUGUCAUCGCAGUCAGUGCUCGUGAAAUGCCGAGACUGCGGUCACAUGACAUUCACCACCGACACGAGACAUUGCAGCCGAUGCAACAAGUGUAUCCCGGGCUACGACCACCACUGCGUGUACCUAAACACAUGCAUUGGCACGCGCAACUACCCGUUGUUCGUCGGUUUGCUGUCAUGUUCGACUCUCUUGCUAUUCACUCAGCAGAUCGUUACGGGUUACGCCGUCUCGUGUUUACUUACGUCGGGGCAAGACGACAAGAACGAUCGCGCUGUGAUGCUGUGCGUACUCACGAUCCUGCCACUGCUAGAGCUUUUCUUCCUUGCAAUGCUCGGCAUUUUCCACCUGUACAUCGCGUUCCGGGGGCUGACCACACACGAAUGGCUUUACCAGUGGCUGGAAGGACGAAAUCCCAACGUCACCUCGUCGAACGGGGUAAAUACAACGGAGAGGAACCGCACUGCGCUUUGAGCAAGACAUGUACCAUAUUUUAGCGAGAAUAUUAUCGCAAAAACUGAACUCGUUUCCAAAUUGCCCCCGCAUCGCGAGCCACUUGCAUAGAAUCGAAGUCGCCACGAGCCACAGCCGCAGCAACUUCGCUGCGAUCGAUAUUCUCCUGAGCCACCAGAGUUACCAGUAGUAAAUCAUCUUCAGGGGACC